CAAACGUUAGCUAGCCUUUGUGCUUUUGUCUCAACAGCAGCUGUUUGUAAGGAGGCUGACCUGAACAACACAUUUGGUCACAUUUGAUCAUUUUUUAGCUGGAUUGUGUGGAUUAACUUUACAAGUUAGACUUUAGUAUUUGUGGCCUGGGCUGUGAAAUAUUUGAUCAUGAGCAGCAUGUUUGGUGUUUACACCAAAUCAUCUGAUAGGAAAGUCUGGAUUAUGUGCGCCUUCAUCUACCUUGUAUUUUUUACUUCAGCUCUGGCAGAGGACACAGUGUUAGAGAACAUGGGUCCCCAUCAGCUGGAGCUAUUAGUGGACAUGCUGACCAUCAGUGAGUGUGAGAACCUCCUGGCUAUCCUCUCAAAUCCAGAGGAAGACAUCAUCCAGAGGAUUAAUAAACUCUCCGCUGAAAGUAAUCCUCUUGGUUUAUCGUCUCGAGGCAAGAGGGACAUCUCAUCGGCUGUGGGUGCUUCAGCAUCUACAACUACAAAUCCACCCACCAGCCAGCAUCGAACCAAAAGAACUGCUUCUUCUGUGGAUACCGAUCCUGAAGUCGAGUGCCGGGUGACCCUAACAGAAUGGCUGCUGAGGUACGGUGAGCAGAUUUACUUCGACAGGCUUUCUCGUGCCCUGCACCACAUCGGGAGAACAGACAUCGCUUCCGAAGUGGGGAAGAACAUUAACCAGGAUAAGAUCCAGGCCCUGAAGCGCUACGUUGAAGACUAUCACAGAUUUGUGAGCUCUCGCGAGAUCCCAAAGGCAAAGGAAGAGAAGAAGGAGCACCAGCAUGGGCAGCUGAAGAUGUUUAAAAGACAAGUAAGGGACCUGUCAUGGCGUGAUCUGGAUCUGAUCAUAAUGCGGACUCCAAACACCGAGUACCAGAAAUGUCCUCUGGAUUUGUUCCUGCCACUGCUGUACGGACUGCUGGUGGGGUUUGGAAGUUCCUUGGUCGUAGCCAUCUCCUUCAUCUGCUUCAUCAGCUACCUCUCCAACAGAACCCAGCUGAUCAGCCAGUCCACUUCAACCCCCAUUUGGAUCCAUAAUACACAGAAUGAGCGCAUACAGCUGAAAGCUGGUUAUGUGAGAGGAAUGCUGUGGGUAUAGUUUUUAUAAUAAAAUGUUAGCGCUCAAUGAAAAUAAAUAAUGUGUGAUCACAUUUCAGUGUUUCUGGUGUAAUUUGAGGGUACACACAUCCAAAUGGGGGGAUGGUGUAGUGUGGAAAUCAGUCAUUUUUAUGUUCAAAUCCCUCAUCAUAUUUCCUUAUGUAGUGAUCCAAAUCUGAUCGAGAUUAUAGAUUUUGUGGCCAUUUAAAUGUAGCAUUGAAAACCCCAUUUGAUGUAUAUUUUACAUUAUAUCUUAA